GAAAACGAACCAGGAACUAUUCGGAAGUGUGAUUGGCUGUUACUAGGAACCCUCCUAAGGCCUUAUGGGCCUUGGUUACGGAAGCCGAGGAGGGCUGAGCGCGGGCUCUACCUCAAGGAAGUUAGCCGCGGAAGCCCGGUAAGCGGAGGUGUCUCGGCUCCAAUGGCGACUGUGGAAGCUAGCGGCAGCGAUGGGAAAGAGCAGGGGGUUGAGACCUCCGUCACCUACUAUCGGUUGGAAGAGGUGGCGCAGCGCAACUCCUUGAAGGAACUAUGGCUGGUGAUCCACGGGCGAGUCUAUGAUGUCACCCGCUUCCUCAACGAGCAUCCUGGAGGAGAAGAGGUUCUGCUGGAACAAGCUGGUAUAGAUGCAAGUGAAAGCUUUGAAGAUGUAGGACACUCCUCUGAUGCCAGAGAAAUGUUAAAGCAGUACUAUAUUGGUGAUGUCCAUCCGAGUGACCUUAAACCCGAAAGUGGUAGCAAGGACCCUUCGAAAAAUAACACGUGCAAAAGUUGCUGGGGAUAUUGGAUUUUCCCCAUCGUAGGUGCUAUUCUCUUAGGUUUCCUGUAUCGCUACUACACGUCGGAAAGCAAAUCCUCCUGAGGAAGCCUUGCUGAAGUCUGGAAAACACAUCCACUUGGGAGUGCAAACCAGAGACUUGCUUGGGGGCCGCAGUGAUGCCCUCUCUUUGAAUCUUGCCAGUUGUAUUCUUCCCCCUUGGAGUCAAGACGGUUGGUUAGACAUCCACCUCAGAUCUGGGACCAGUGUCCUUCAUCUCUCAGAGCCUUAUGCCCAGAGCACCUGCUCACCACUCUGUGUCCUUGCCAGUGUUUGCUGUCUUCACUGGUUUCCACUUACAUUUCAAAACUUUCUGUUCAUAAUUUCAAUUCAUACGUCGUAGUAACAUUGCUUUUUGGUAAAAAUGCCUGCUUUCCAAUACUUUGCAUAUUAGAUAUUCUUAACAGGGCAGCAGUCUAGUGUGGAAGCUUUUUUCAUUUUUCUUUUAAGUAAUUUUUUUUUGAAAUGCUGAUUUCUAUCAUUUAUCAUAAGGGGUUUAAUUAUGAAAUAAAGGUGUGUACUUAUUACUGAAAAUAUAACUGCCAAAUGAUCUUGUUCCUUGUUUGUGUUUGUUAAAACCACAAAGAACUGUGUGGUCUUCUCCCUCCCAAGCUAAUGUAGCAGGUAGCUCUUCCCAUCCAAGUCCAGUCCCUUCACUUCCAAAAUGGUGCUGGACAAAACUAUGUUUCCCUGUUAUUUCUUGUGGGUGGGAAGAGACCCAGAAAGGAAGGGGGAUGAACUGGAGUGUUAGAACCUGACGAAUUCAGAGUAAUCUUUUUUUUUUUUUGAAAAAUAUUGAAAAACACUACUUUAGGAUAGGAGUUUAGAGAAAGCACCAAAGCUUUCGCUUUGGUUUGGAACCAGUUUCUAGCCAACUCUUCCCCCCUCCCCCCAGCUAUCUUUUAUUGGUAAAAUAUAAAUGUAUAAUUAUGUCUGUAGAACUUUACCAGGGAUUUUUGUUGCUUUUUAAUUUAUUGAUUAGCAAGUUUUUGAUUCUGUAUUUUACAAAAGUAAGAGACUCCAAUUUGACCCUCUGUUUGCCCCAGUAAAAUAACUUUCGUGUAAAAUGGCAUUUCAAAGUGGAAGAUUGUGACAGGAGACUGUUUUCCAUUGCAUCUGUAUUUUACCUCCAUGGCUCCAAGUUGUGGUUUUGUUCUGUUUUUCUAUUGAGAAUAAAAAACAAAAAAAUGGUAGUUUUUUUUUUCUUGGAUGUGUGUUUCCUUGAGAAGUAGGUUAUUAUUUAGAAUUAUGUUACUGUUUCUUAUUGUUUCAGGGAUUUCUCUAGCAUAUUUGGCUUUAUUUGUCCCCCCUGGAAGCACCUGAGGAGAUGGUACACUGUUUUCUGCCAGCAACUGUGGUGAUUUUUCUCCCCUUCCUUUGAGGCUUACCAGUCUGCUUCUGAGCCAUUGUCAUUUCUAGCAGGGAGCAUCUUAGUUCAGGAAUGAUCAUAGAUGCUGCUCAGUAUCUCCUCUCUCCCUUCCAGCCUGCCAGGGACUUGAGACAGGAAACUGCCCAGCAAACCAGUGUCUGCCCAUGUAAACUAUUUAAGAAAAAGUUCAACCCAGGUCUUGUAUCCUGUGAUUAAGCAGUUGAAUGAAUUCAGAAUUCAUCUAAA